CUUGUAUUAAUUGCUGCACAUUAAACGGAUAAUCUCAACUGAGCAAACAGUUUUUAAAUAUUUUUUAAUAGUUUUUUUUUUUUCGGAAAUACUGGCCUAAUGUCAAGGGAAAGCACAAUCUUGGCCAAAUUUUAGUGGAAAAAAUACAACUUUCUCAAAUUAAGGAGACAUAAAUAAACAACAAAGCUCUAAAUUUAUAUUCUUCAUGCCUCCUUGGGUUGCCAAUUUUUUUUUUAAUCUCAUUUCCCACAGUUGCGACAUAUUAUCUUAUCCAUGGAUUGCCUUGACAGGAAACGAAGAUAUGCCUAAUCUUCAAACCACUAGUGAUGAUGGGAAGAACUGUGAAGUAUUCAGCAGAGACAAGACGAUAAUAAAUGCUAUUCAAAUUACCGGAUAAACUCAACCAAUUACUCAGGCGCAGCACCCAAUUAAGGGUUUUGCUGUAUAAACUUUUUAAUUAUACAAAAUGAAAAGUCUUUCUGCUUUUUUUUCCGUCUUGGGAAGAGAGAAAAAAAAUGUCAUAAAAGCUGCCUUACCUUUAACAGACUGAGGGGAGUCGGUGGUGCUAAUAUAAUUUCAUAAAUUAUGCCUAUAUGUCUUCCUGAUACAUACACACACACCUACAGAGGGAGAGGCUGGCUCUAUCAGUCCCUCCCCCGCCACGGGACGUCACUGAAAGGGAGAGGACAGGGUCUUGGCUGACCCAGCUCUUUCUCUAGAUAACUGAAUUCAGCCAACCAAACAGGAUCGACCUCUCUCUUUCUCUCUCAGCCCUCCAGCCAAAGGAGAGGGAUGUCACAGCUGAAAGAAAGCCAGUCCUCCUCGGUCUGCAUGAAAAACAAGCAGUGCGCGACCAGUCUUCACGCUUACGCACCGGGUAUUUACUUCUUUUACGCGCCGUCUGGAGAGAAAUUUAUCCAGUUUUGGGCCUGUUGACUAUUCGUUAUCUGUCACCUCUCCGUUGGUGGUAAUAAUGCUUCCCAGCCCGCUCAUAACUUCUUCCACCACGCCUUUUUCUGUGAAGGACAUUCUGAAGUUAGAGUUGCAGCAACAAUCUCAGCAGCACCAGCUCCAGUUUAUCUCCUGCUUCGGUUUGUCUGGCGGGCUGUCACAGCCGGGAGCAUUCCCAAAUAAACCCUUCCGUUCGCAUUCUCCGCCCUCCUGCAUGUUGGCCGGUCGGGACAGUCCAAGUCCCAUCAGCUCCGGCGUCUCGGAGAGCGAGGAGAGGAUGUCGUACCUCAACACGCUGACGGUACAGGACCGGCUGGCGGAGUCCGGCCUGCCGAUGGAGAUGUUUGGCAACCCGGCGCAGAACCACUCUGCAGACCUCCGGCUGGAGACCGAGCAGGAGGACCAAGAUAGCAAGAGCUGCGGCGCUUUACGCGGUGACUGUGAGGAUCCAGACUCGGAGAAACCCGCCACCAAGCAGCAGAGGACCAGGAGGAAACCCCGCGUCCUCUUCUCCCAGGCUCAGGUGUUUGAGCUGGAGCGGCGCUUCAAGCAGCAGCGUUACCUUUCCGCCCCGGAGAGAGAGCACCUGGCCAGCUCCCUGAAACUCACCUCCACCCAGGUCAAGAUCUGGUUCCAGAACAGGAGGUACAAAUGCAAGAGGCAGCGGCAGGACAAGACUCUUGAAAUGGCAGGUCAUCACCAUCACCACCACCACCACCCACCGCCGCCCAGGAGGGUGGCUGUGCCGGUGCUGGUACGGGAUGGGAGGCCUUGUCUGAGUGGAUCCCAGAACUAUAACACCUCUUACACAGUCGGAGCUCCAAACCCGUACAGCUACAAUGGCUAUCCGGCCUACAGCUACAACAACUCUGUGUACAGUAACACUUACUCUUGUACUUAUUCUAGUUUACCUGCUCUUACGCCCAGCAGCACCGCUGCCAACGCUUUUAUGAACAUGAAUUUGGGAAACCUUGGUGCACAGACGCAAAACCAGGCAGCCCAAGGCCCAGUCGUCACACCGUGCCAAGGAACUCUGCAGGGCAUCCGGGCAUGGUAGCGAUAGUCUUCACGCACAAACACAGCUGGGAGAGACUUCUUUGGAAUGGAUGAAUCAAGCAUGUAACCUGAUCUACUAAUGCAGCGAAAGCACAAUUUAAAACUCUGUAACACGUGUAGGCCAGUUUCCUGUAACUCAAGGCAGGCCUAUGAGGAAACCCUAACCCGUUGACUGAUAAACAAACCAUAUGUAUGCGCAUUUUUCUCUGAGCCACAUUGUCUAGAAACGUAUUAAACCUGCUGUUGGAUGUUGGAUUAUUGGAUUGAAUGUCGCCGAUUAAAGACUGUGCGUAAUGUGGCCUAUUGUGGUUCAAAAUGGAUGUAAUGCGCGAGAAAAAUAAAGGGAAUUUGUAUGAACAUUUCUGUGCUGAAGGGAUAACCCCCUGAAUUAGAAAAUAACAACAUGGACCACAAUUGCUAGAUAAUGCAAUUUUAUAAAGUAUUAUGCUUUGUUUUCUUUUUAACAGUGUGACCUGUGGCCAGUAACCUUUGUUUUUAUUACUUUAAAAUUAACUAGCAGAUUGAAUAGCAGCCUAUAUGAAAUGAAUAAAACGGGCGCUUUUGAGUAAUAGGGCUGUUUUUAGUUACAAUAUGGAUGAAAAUGAUCACUGAUCAUGAAAUUAAAUGAUAUAAAAAAAUCUGAAUGACACAAAUGACAGUUCUGUGUGUGUGUGCGCGCGUGUGCGCGUGCGUGCGUGCGUGCGUGCGUGCGUGUGUGUGUGUGUGUGUGUGUGGGUUUACUGAAUCACAUACGGGAACUUAAACAAAUACAGUAUACAUUAAUGUAAAAAUGUACGUUGUUAUGCCCAGUGGGACGUUUCUGCCCUUGUUUGGAAGCACGUGUUAAUGUAUCUCAGCAUUCAUAUAAAUCUGGACAGGAAGCUCAAAUAAAUGAAUGUUAAGUCUA